CCCGUCCGCAGUGGCGUGUCAUUCUCGUGGUGAAACAAUAUCUCAACAGACCCAUUUCCCGUUAUCGCGAGCAACUGCAAUGCACAUCUGCAUGCAUGGCAAUCUUCUAAGGACGGAACAUCGCGGUCAUCGAAGCCCCCAAUGUCGUUCUAGUCGCAUUUCAUGCAACACCACAAAGCGAAGCGUCUCAGAAACUUGUUAGAAAAGCGGGACUGUAUCCUGAACAGAGGACCGCCCUAUGGCUCCGUCGUCAUUGUCCAGCUUUCAAGUCGUAAUGAACAGCUAGACCGUCUCCAAGGAAUCUCCAACAAGAGAUCUCGAAGAAAGUUGCACGUUGAGGUGCUUGACACCUAUUUUUUGUCAAGAAACUCGGAGGAUGUAGCAGAGCAGAUCGAAACCGGUCUUCCGGAUUAACGCCGUGGGGUCUUCCGCAUUGGUCUUGUUUGACACUAUUCAGCGCAUGUGUAUCAGAUGUCAAGGCAUGCCGGCGGCCACGCAGAGCCUUCAUGUCCUUUUUUUUUCUUUAUUCCUCUACUCCAUUUGCCAGCCAGAAACGUUUUUACUCGGCGCCGUUACGGCCCGUGUCGGCCCCGUUGACUUUGGUGCUGGCAAUGGCUUCGAGUGUCUCAGUCUUCCCUCCACGAGCAGUCCGGUCAUUGCUCCGGCACUGAGAUUGUUGCCCAUCUUAAAACCCACCCUCGUCAGAAGGCUGCAUUGGGAGAGGUUCCGUGCAUUUCCGAAUUGCGCAACCUUUUCUGUCCCCACGGCUCUAUCGUUUCUCGCCCCUACACCAUUUCUGCUCGCAAGUCACAUUCCGAACAUGCGAAAGACUUUUGCCACACUUAAUGGGUCCCGUGGUACAAUUCUUUCCGACGCGCAAGCAGGGUUGCAGUCACACUCCCGUCGCCACUGUACCACGGGGAUUUUAUCUGAGACACCUGCGCCGAGUUUGUCUUUCCAGGCGUCGGACAGGAAGAAAGCCGCAAACACCGAGCGGUCUGAGGAUCUCGUUUUCUGGCGGAGCGAAAUGCCGAAACGUCGGAUGACAUUCCUUCCUCUUUCGUCUCCAGCACGCCUCGGCGGCUGCUGCUGCGCCCGGCAUCUCGCCAUGGGGAAAGUUGUGGGGUUUCCCCUCGGCGCAUUGCCUGCCGUCAGAAGCAGUGUUUGCAUGCAUGCGUUGAGGACGCACGUGUCACAGAAGCACCGCGAUUCUCCAGUCUCCGAGAAUUCGUUUUCGUCGGAGCCGUCUGCGGCACCGAUGACUGCCGGUCCGAUCUCAAGCGUUCCUUGGCUGCAUGGCUGGUCACGUACACUCCAAGGUGGACACUCGAGCAGAGCGGCAGAUUCUCUCACGUUGAAUUCUUCUACAAAGGGCUUACAUUGCCUCACCCAUUCCAGGAUGCGUCCAUAUGCAUCUUCUGUUCAAAGCAGUGGGCGAUGUCCCUCUCCGUAUUCUCGCCAUUCACCAGCAGGAGGCUCGUGUCUGUCGUUCGCUGUGUCUCGUGCGCAUGCGUCGACCGCGACAAGGACCUCGGAAUGCGCGCUAGCAGCCUCCCUGCCUCGGGACCCGCUACCAGAGUCUUCUGCUUCCUCUUGGUCGUCGUAUUCUUCCUCGUCUCCCAGUCCGUCUCCUUCUUCGCCUUCUGUCUCCGCCGGCUGUUCUUCAUGCCUCUCGCCGUGUCACCUGCGUCUUCCCCUAGAGCCAUCCGCGCCGGAGAGCGAGACUGUACAGGUUGACAAAGACGGAGAGACACAGAGACCUCUUGUGACUCCUCGCAUGCACGCGCGGAUGGAGAAACAAGGCUACAAAGUCGUUGGGACCCACUCAGCUGUCAAGCUUUGCCGGUGGACGAAAAAGCAGUUGCAAGGCCUAGGCGGGUGCUACAAGCAUACCUUCUACGGCAUUGAGAGUCACCGCUGCAUGGAGGCGACCACAAGCAUUGCGUGCAGCAACAGGUGCAUUUUCUGUUGGAGGCACCACACCCAUCCUGCUAGUAAAACAUUCAGCUGGCAAGUCGACCCCCCGGAGUUCGUUCUGAAGCAUGCGCUUGAAGCACAUUGGUCUCUGAUCAAACCCUUGCGAGGCGUUCACUGGGUCACUCCUGAAGCAUUUGCAGAAGCCAAGGAACCUCGACAUUGUGCGCUCUCUCUCAUAGGCGAGGCACUUAUGUACCCGCGUAUUAACGAGUUCAUAGACUUGCUGCAUGCAAAGGGGAUCAGCUCCUUCCUCGUUAUGAACGGCCAACACCCGGACCGCCUUGCCGACCUCACCACGGUGACGCAACUCUACGUCAGCGUAGACGCACCGAACAAGAAGGAUUUAAAAGCAAUUGACCGGCCUCUGUUUACGGACUACUGGGAACGUCUGCUGGCAUCUCUGGAGAUUCUUCGAGAAAAACGAGAACGGACAGUUCUUCGCAUGACGCUGAUCAAAAGUGUGAAUGACGCCGAUCUUGAGGGCUAUGCGCGCCUGGUUGAGUUGGGGCGGCCUAACUUCAUAGAAAUCAAAGGAGUGACUUUCGCUGGACACAGCCCGAACUUUAAGCUCUCACUUGGCAACACGCCCCACAUGCAGGAAACAUUAGAGUUCUCCCGAAAGCUGCUGAGGGUUUUGAACGCGCACGAUACGACUAGUGCAGCCAGCUUGGAACGGCUCGGGAGCAGUGAUUAUGCGAUGCCGAUGUAUAGACUCGCUAGCAUCCACGAGCACACGAAUGCUGUCCUUCUGGCAGACGCGCGCCUCUUCCUCUUGCCUCCGGAGAUACCGACAGGCUCGGAAACAAAUCACAAGUCACGCUCACACGUAACUUCUGAGGACCACGACCGAAGCGGCGGUUCAAAGGGUAACCCUGCCGGAAUGGAAUUCGAAAAUGGGGCGUGUGAGGAAAGAGAUGGCGGAAGCCCUACAGCAGAGCCGGAUGGUCCACCAGACAGCAGAGAUAGUAUGCGAUGGCACACGCAUAUCGAUUUCAAGAAAUUUUUCGAACUGAACAAGGAAGACCGACACGCACGAAACUACCGCAGCGAAACGCCAUCGUGGGCUCUUCCUGACGCUCCUCUUCGCGGUUUCGAUCCUCGGUUUGAUGUACACAAAUAUGUCAAACAAAUCGCCGGCCGACCACAUAGUCUCCCAGAAGUUCAAAAGCAAGACGCCGUGUUUCCGGACACAGGCACUCAUGCUCAGACGCAGCCGAAGUGCAACUAAGGUGUUCAACACGUAGGCGACCAAGUACAACGAGACUGAGAACGACCGGUUGUAGAGGAGGAUGCGGAUUGUAGUAAAGCAUAGCUACGUCACAGAUUGUGUGGCGGUAGUGUCAUUUCUAACGCUGGUGUUUCGUUUCCCUAAUGCAAAAGGCAAAUUGCUGUGUUGACUCUGAAACUGCGGCGACACGCGGCGGGUCUUCCAGUGGCACUUUAAGAACCAAGCAUUGACCAGAAUCGAGACGUUGGGGCGUGAAGAAACUAGAUAGUCUCGUCAGCAUGCUAAUGUAUCCGGUGAUGCUCUGUUGCGCGGGUGGUUUCUCCUGUGUGAUGCAUCUGACGUCACAGGAAUUAAGUUGUCUGGACCCUUCUGGUGGGCGUGCCGUACGUAUGCAAAGCGGCACCCGUGGACGGUGGACACAUGUCGUUAAAAGUGUUAAUGGACUCAGGACUCUCCGCCGCGUUAGUUGUGAAUGCUGGUUUUUUCAUCUCAAACUGGUCCCCGUUGUGCCGUUGUGUCUGCCAAAUCAACCGUUGUCGGUCACAUCCCAUGGCUAGGUCCCUCACCUGAAGUGGAAGCCCAAGUACACUUCAGCUGGGCUACACAGUAACACGCUAAGAG